AGUAAGUUGAGACGCUUCAGCUGCAGUAUUUUCCACAAGAGAUAAGAUGCACAACUGGCAGGAGAACGAAAUCAAAGAACUUCUGACCAUCCGGGGGUCGGAGGCGAUCCGUAACCAGAUCACGGGCACGGUGAAGGACUCUGUAGUUUACAGCCGGAUGACCAAACUGCUGGCGGAGAGGGGGGUGUACAGGUCUCACAUGCAGGUGAUCAGCAAACUGAAGGCGCUCAGGAAGCAGUACAUCAAGUACCACCAGCAGAAGACCCGCUGCGGGAGCGACCGUGUCGACUGGCCGUUUUACGAGCAGUGCCACAGGGUUUUCGGGAAUGCCCCCGCGGGGAACCCGGUGAAACGGCACAGGAGUCCCACACCCCCACCUGCACCCUCACCCCCACUGCAACCUCCUCCUCCUCCUCCUCCUCCUCCACCGCCCCCGCCGCCGUCGUCUGCCCUCAGCGAGGAGCAUCAGGAGGUGGUAGUCGGCCUCUGGGAUGAAGUUGACAAACAUCUGGGACCAGUGGAGGCAGAGGACGACGAGGACCAGUACAGUCCAUCAGAACAACUACACACCAUUAACGCCACAUACACGGUUCCCACGAAGAAGAAGAAGACAACGGUAAUGGAGCAAGUCUCUACUUUAGUGUCAGCGACUGUUGCCCAGCUCAGAGAGAUGGACGCCGCCAUGCAGGCGCAGGAGGACGCGCGACUGCAGAGGUUAAUGGACCAUGAGAAGGAAAUGCAGAACAAUCUAAUGAGCCAGCUCGUGGCCAUGCAUGAACGUAUCAGUCGAGAAAACCACGAGAGACACCUUGAACUCGUGGACAGGAUACUCUCUAGGUUCCCUUCGCCGUCGGCACCUUCGGGCCGCUGACCGACUCUUCCCAUGUGAGUUGAAGACGGCUUUCGACAUGAUUAUUAAGGUGCAGGGAACACUUCUGACUCUCUCCUCCACCAGCUGACUAGUGCCUGAGCUCCAGUUACUUUUAUUUUCAAUGUAUUUUCAAAAAAAGUCACUGAGAUCAUCUUGCCUUUGACCUCAACUCGGAUCACCUGCAGCUCUCACAGAUCCAGGUUUAAACCAGGCCCUGCUCACACUACAGACCCACGUCCUCUGUUCUGAUUCACUGCUCAUGUUAUCUGUUUAGUUAAUCCACAGACAUACAUUACCAUAAAAUACCAUAGUAAACUAACAGUGAAAAAGACACGAGUGCACAGGAAUAACAACUCAACACUACUUUGAAAAGGACAGAAACACUGCACCAUAAUAAACAACUGUAGCACCAUCAUUUCACUUCUAAAACCAGUCUGUUAAAUGCUUAUUGCAGGUGCAAUAUACCAAAAAUAUUGGUAGUACUCUUUUUAAUCUUUUAAACUCAAAAUUCAGUAUCACAUUGGACUCCCAUAAAACACAUAUAACUAUAAGCUAUACAAUAACUGUAUGGUACUUUAUACUAAAAGUAUAAUCAUGUAAUAAUUUAAAGAUGUGUUAAUGUCUUUUGCUGACUCCACACACUCUGUGUACAAUCUGCUGAAUGUGUGAAUUGGCUCAGCUGCUGAACUCAGUGUCAGUGUGUUAGUCAUAUUUCAUCCCCAGCUUCUCCCAGUCUCACUUUUACCACCCAGUCUUUGUUUAUACCCUUUGUGCAGAGUAAAUCUGAGUCAAUACCAGACGGCAGCUGUGCUGGUUUGAGUAGAAAAGAUCAGACCUGCCAUGUGAGGCUGAAAAUCUGAAAUUUAGAGAACUUAGCACCUGCAGUGUGAACACAGCCUUCAGUUUACAGGAAAGAAGACAAAUGUGUCCCAAAAACAAUGUCAUGUCAUAUCUGACGUAUGGAUGGAUGUACUGUGCCUCUUUACCACCUCAGCUGAGCACGUUGGUGUGAACAGGGAACCAAACUCCUCAGCAAAAAGUCACACAGACAGCUGCAGCCUUUUGUUGUAGGAAACUCUUUACUAAGCAUUUGCUUUCAUGUGGUAUCAUUCAUACGCUGGACGAGCUGUUCAACAGUCUCACUUCAGUAAAUCAUAGACGGUUACUGUGCGACGUGGGUGGUAACACUGUUGAAAUUUGGCAUUUAGAGAAAGCAUUGCUGUGUCAGACAUUGAUGUAAAUAUCAUGUUUCAGUUAUGCCAUCCAGUAGUGCACAAUGAAACCAGAACGCACCGUGGUAAGACUGCAGUAGAAAAAACGCUGCUCUUUAUUGGUUCAUGAAGCGUAUUACAGGUCAUAAAAUGAUGUAUGGCGAAGGAUAAUGUAAAAAUUUAGAAAAAAUUGUACCCUGAACAAUGUGCUGUUACAAACGAAGAAUAUAAAAUAAUGUGCGGUGAGCUCUUGAGUCGCCGCUCUAGGUGUCAUUCUUGGCUGACACGAAAUUCCCGGUUGCGUUUACUGUCGUCAGCAAUCCGGGAGAAAACGUGUCAUUGAGGAAAAACACCUUAUGCGUCAGACAUCGAACAAAGCUAAAUUCACUCUUUGCACACGGUAAUACCCAUUUUCAAAAUGGCAGAACAACUUUGAGCUGCCUCAGUGGUGUUAGUUUCACUUUUUUUCACUGAUGGUGAGCAGUUAGCACAGGUUUUAUGAAUCAGAAUGGGAACUUAAGCUAAAUAGGCUUUGGUUUGUCCAUGCAGUGCCAUCAGCUUGGAUGUGUAUUAAACAAACAAACAAGUUUUCAGCUUCAUUUUCAAACUGACUGAAGAAAAACAGAGUAAUCUGCAGUUGGAAGGUGAGGAUAUAAAAACACAAUUCCUGGUAGGAGAGAAGAUGCUGAUGAAGAAAGAUGAGCUCACCGUCAGCCCAUCUACUUAGGAUGUCUUGUGCGUUAUGGGAUGGAAACGGACCCCAUAACCAGCUGGAGCACAGAAUCACAGCUGCAUUAUGGGUUCCGUUACAAUCCCAUCCACCAAAACGAGGUUCAGGGCUGGCCUCGGGUCUGGUCUGGAUAGCACAGCUAAUAAGAAGAAAAAAUAUGGUUAUAGACAGGGAAAAAAAAGUGAAUUUACAUUACAUGAGUGGGACAGAUCAAUCAAAAUUUUAUGCUGUAUAAAGUAACUAAAGGUCACAUAGCAUGCACUUGAAUAAAAAUAUGGAGCUUUAAAGAGUCAGUUCACUAGAAGUAUAUGAAACUUCUGUAAAUCUUUUUCUAAUUAGGGUGGACUGAUCCUUUAAAUCCAGUUUUAUGUAGCAGCAACAAGACCUCAAACAGCUUAGAUUUAUUUGUGGUGUCUCACUAUAAACCACAGUAAUGAUUAUCUAAAGCCCCUGAGCCUUGUUUCCAGUGUGGGACUGUGUAAGCAGCAGAAAGUUCAGAUAAAUAAUUCAUUUGACAGUUGUUACACAUCAGCUUCCUCUGGCUCACUUUGUUCUGUUUUUGUUUUUCAGCGGCGAUAAGAUCUAAUUUUACAUCACCAGCAAUGAUUCAUGUAG